UAUCCCCGAAUGCAACCUCAUCAGAAUGCUGACGAGAACUUAUCUCACAGUUUACCCGCAGGCCCUUUUAUGUAGCUGCUCGCUCUCUGCAACCAACUGUUACGAAGGUAGUACAGCACCAUUCAGUAGGAUAACAUGCUCUUUUCGUAUCUUGCUCAUCGUCGAGCAUGUCUUGACAAGCGCCGGGAACGAGAGGAACGAAUUGCGUCCUUACCCCAGGCCUACCACGAACCGUUAUCACCGCAGGACAAGCGAUUAUUGUCUCAACCCAUUUCGUCCAUCAUUCAUGCUGUCCAGACAUCCUCACUUUCGCCAGUGGACGUCCUCCUCGCUUAUGGCAAAAGAACGAUUCAAGCACAGGCACAGACAAACUGCCUUACGGAGGUGAUGAUUGGUGAAGCUGAGAAAUGGGCGCACACGGCAAUUCGGUCUGGUCCCUUAGCAGGAGUACCCGUCUCGCUCAAAGAUAUGAUUGCCGUCAAGGGGUACGAUUCCUCACUGGGCUACUCUGCAUUCACCAACGCACCCGUGUCUAAUGACGCUCCAAUUGUACGGCUCCUGCACGACGCAGGUGCAAUUCCUUAUGUCAAGACUAAUGUUCCCAUAACCUUGCUCUCCUACGAGUCCGCUAAUGACGUUUUCGGCGUCACCGAGAACCCUCACAAAAAGGGUUACAGCCCCGGCGGCUCUUCGGGCGGUGAAAGUGCACUGUUGGCAUUCGGAGGCUCCAGAAUAGGCAUUGGAAGCGAUAUAGCAGGCAGUGUCAGAGUCCCUGCGCAUUACUCCGGUAUCUACGCUAUCAAAUCGAGCACACAAAGGUUCCCCAAGAGUGGAAAUGCCGCAUCUGGUCCUGGUCAAGACGGGGUUGCUGGUAGUCAUAGUCCCAUGGCAAAGACGCUCGAAGAUCUCGAGACCUUUUGGCGUGCUGUGCUCCAGAUGAAACCAUGGGAAUACGACCAUUCCGUGAUAAAUUUGCCGUGGAGGAAAGUCCAGUUGCCACAAGAUCGUCCAAUAAGGUGGGGGGUUCUAUGGGACGAUGGUGUCGUUGCGCCCUCACCGGCAUGUUUGAGAGCACUGAAGAUGGUCACGGAGGUGCUCGCAAAGCAUGGCCACGAAAUCGUCACGCUAAACUCACCCUGCCCAUACGAGGGUUUGCAGAUUGCCUCCCAGUUUCUGUUCGCCGAUGGCGGAAAAUUUUUCUCGAAACCAUUUCAUAGCUUUGAAACAAAUUCUGCAGGGAUGGUCCCUGCUUUACGGGCGACGAGGCUCCCACGCUUCAUCAUGAAAAUAUACGCGUGGUACCUACGAUACAUCCGCCGCGAUCCAAUUUAUGCGGGUCUGGUUGAGAACUUCCACGCGAAAACCGUAGAGGAAUACUGCAAACUCAUAGUACAACGGGAGGAUUAUCGUACUCGCUGGUUUAGAGUCUGGCGAGGUGUCCAAGCCCGCGACUCUUUAGGAGACAAUGGUAUCGAUUUCAUACUCACCGUUCCGAACGCCUUACCCGCUGUUCCGCAUGGAGGUAUGCGGCACGGAUGGAAGGCUUGUGGGUACGCUAUUUUGUUCAAUUUGCUUGAUUACAGCGCGGGGGUAAUGCCAAUUACCCGGUCAUUUCGUGCGCGGAACGCCGUCGAGCGGAACAAUUAUCGCAUGUACGAUGCCGAGGCAAUGGAUGGUUUGCCUGUUGGUGUACAGGUGGUAGGCCGACGUCUGGACGAAGAACGGGUAUUGGAAAGCAUGAAACUCAUCUACCGACUGAUGGCAGACGCGGGAUUGGCAUAUCAGGUGUAUGUGUGUGUUGUGUAUAUCCAAAUCAUUUCGUUGGUAUUUCAUGAUAAGGAGAGCGGACGCAAUGAACUCUCUAAGUCGACCACAUGA